AUGGGAUCAUACUGGAGUGCUCGUGAGAAUGAAGAAUGCCCAUGCUGUUCACUCUCUGUGAAAAUCAUAAGAAUGAGAAAUCUGAGAAAGGCAGAUAUCUUUAGUCAAACUGAUUGCUAUGUAAGCCUGUCCUUGCCCACUGCUUCCCCUGAGACUGUCCGGACCAAAACCAUCAAGAACUGCAAAGAUCCAGUGUGGAAUGAAACAUUUUGCUUCAGGAUCCAGAGCCAAGUAAAAAAUAUUCUUGAGCUGAAAGUCUAUGAUGAAAAUGCGAUGACUAAAGAUGACCUCCUCUUCACUGUGCUCUUUGAUGUUGCUAAAAUCCAGCUUGGAGAAACCGUUCGCUUGACUUUUCAGCUAAAUCCAAAGACACAAGAGAUGCUGGAGGCUGAGUUUGCAUCAGAGAGCAUUCCAGUCCCUCCUGAGAAGCUUGUCACAAAUGGUGUAUUAGUGUCUCGUGAAAUUUCCUGCUUGGAAGUCCUGGUGGACAAUAGAAGGACAAAGAAAGAACCUUCAGAAAAAGACUUCUUAUUUUCAGUGAAGGGAUCAUAUGAAGAGAGUCAGACUCUGUCGCUGGGCUCUUCCCAGAGACCUGUGGAGCCUCUGGACUUCCAUUACAUGAAGUACAGCCUGUCAGAGCUGCACGUGGCUCUAGCAGAGAAGAAGCCUCACUUCUGCUCGUGCACCUCAGGUGAAGAGAAAAAAGACUGCCAUGCAUCCUUUACUAUUCCUCUGGAUUCACUUCCCUUCAAGGAGAAAGUAGCAGUAGCAGAGGAUGAAACAAUCAAUUUACAUGUGAAGUCAAAUGACUGGUCAAGAAACUUAGACGUUCGCUUGGAGUUUGAUCUGUGUAUGGAGGAGAAAAAUUUCCUACAGAAACGGAGGAAGUUUGUGGCUUCUGCUCUGAAAAAAGCACUUCAUUUAGAGCAAGACCUACAAGACCAUGAGGUACCAGUUGUAGCAGUCAUGACAACAGGUGGUGGCACUCGGGCACUGACAUCUCUGUUAGGCAACCUGUUGGGUCUUCAGAAGCUGGAGCUCUUAGAUGCUAUUUCAUAUAUUACUGGGUCAUCUGGUUCAACAUGGACCUUGUCACAUUUGUAUCAGAGCGCUGACUGGUCACAUAAAGAUCUGUCCAGACCGAUUGGUGAAGUCCGCAGACAUAUGACCAAGUGCAAGCUAAGCUGCUUUUCCCUGGAGAGCUUGAAGUACUAUGACAAGGAGCUAAAACUGCGGAAGCAAGAGGGAUACCAGAUCUCUAGCAUUGAUUUUUGGGGUCUUCUGCUGGAAAAAGCAUUAAGUGAUGGGAAAAACAACCACAAACUCUCAGAUGAGCGACAGGCAUUGAAUCAGGGUCAGAAUCCCCUACCUAUCUACAUGAUCCUCAACAUCAAAGAAGACUACAGCCUUUCAGAGUUCAAAGAAUGGGUGGAGUUCACCCCUUAUGAGGUCGGGUUCUUAAAAUACGGCGCCUUCAUUCGUGCAGAGGAUUUUGGCAGCGAGUUCUUCAUGGGUCGCCUGAUGAAGAAGCUCCCUGAAUCCCGCAUCUGUUUCAUGAAAGGCCUGUGGAGCAAUGUCUUUUCCUACAACCUCUUGGAUGCCUGGCAUUCAUCAGAUCCUACAGAAAGGUGCUCACUGAGGUGUACCCAACACAGGACUGUUGAUGUUG